AUGGCGAGCCUCCUGCGCGUCGUGGUGUCCAGCUGCUCAGCCCCAGUGCUCGGGGGCGUCUCAUCCGUGAAGGUGCAGACCAGCCCUGCCAUCAAAUCAACAUGUGUGCGCUUUUUCCGGACUCAUCAAGCGCUCUGGCGGAGCACAGGUCCAGGAAUCCCAUACAAGCAACUCACCGUUGGCGUUCCCAAAGAAAUUUUCCAGAACGAGCGUCGUGUGGCCCUGUCUCCAGCUGGUGUCCAGGCUCUCAUCAAGCAGGGCUUCAAUGUCGUUGUGGAGUCUGGAGCCGGAGAGCCCUCCAAGUUCCCUGAUGAACAGUACGCUCAAGCCGGAGCAACAAUUAAAGACGUGAAAGAUGUGCUGGCGUCCGACUUGUUGGUGAAGGUCCGUGCGCCCACAUUUAACCCUGGUUUGGGGGCUCAUGAGGUGGACUUGAUGAAGGAAUCAUCGACUUUACUCAGUUUCAUCUACCCAGCUCAGAACCCUGAACUUAUGGACAUGCUGUCCAAGAAGAACGCCACGGUCCUGGCAAUGGACCAGGUGCCCAGGGUCACCAUCGCCCAGGGUUUUGAUGCACUGAGCUCCAUGGCAAACAUUGCAGGAUACAAAGCCGUCGUCUUGGCAGCCAACAAUUUUGGACGUUUCUUCACAGGACAAAUCACAGCAGCUGGUAAAGUGCCACCUGCAAAGGUGCUGAUUAUUGGAGGAGGUGUGGCAGGUUUGGCAGCUGCUGGCACUGCCAGGGCCAUGGGAGCCAUUGUCCGAGGAUUUGAUACCAGAGCUGCAGCAUUGGAGCAGUUUAAAUCUCUCGGCGCAGAGCCGCUGGAGGUGGACAUAAAGGAGUCGGGCGAAGGCCAGGGAGGUUACGCCAAGGAAAUGUCGAAGGAAUUCAUAGAGGCAGAGAUGAAGCUGUUCGCCAAGCAGUGUCAGGAAGUGGACAUUGUCAUCAGCACGGCUCUUAUCCCAGGUAGAAGGGCACCAAUUCUCAUCACUAAACCAAUGGUAGAGAGCAUGAAGGAUGGUUCUGUGGUGGUGGAUAUGGCAGCUGAGGCAGGAGGAAACAUUGAGACCACAGUUCCAGGAGAACUGUCAAUACACAAGGGAGUGACUCACGUUGGCUACACAGAUCUGCCCAGCCGCUUGCCAACACAGUCCAGUACUCUGUACUCUAACAACAUCACAAAGCUGCUGCGGGCAAUCAGCCCGGACAAGGAGAACUUUUACCUUGAUGUCAAGGAUGUAUUUGAUUACGGGACCAUGGAUCACGUUGUGCGAGGAUCGAUUGUCAUGCAGAAUGGACAGAACUUGUUCCCCGCUCCUCAGCCCAACAACGUUCCCACCGCUGCUCCUCCUAAACCCAAGAGCGUCCAGGAGUUGGAGGCCGAGAAGGCCGCACAGGUCUCCCCCUUCAAGGCUACACUCACCACAGCUAGCUUGUACACUGCAGGCAUCGGCACCCUACUCGGUCUGGGGUUGUCGGCUCCAAACGCCGCCUUCACCCAGAUUGUCACCACCUUUGGUCUCGCUGGCAUCGUGGGAUACCACACGGUUUGGGGAGUCACUCCUGCACUGCACUCUCCGCUCAUGUCUGUCACCAACGCCAUCUCAGGUCUGACAGCUGUGGGUGGUCUGUCCCUGAUGGGAGGGAGCUACUUGCCAUCUACUACUGCAGAGACAUUGGCUGUGCUUGCUGCCUUCAUCUCUUCAGUCAACAUUGCUGGUGGCUUCCUGGUGACCCAGAGGAUGCUGGACAUGUUCAAACGUCCCACUGAUCCUCCUGAGCACAACUACCUCUACCUGCUUCCAGCCGGCGUUUUUGUUGGAGGCUACGCUGCUGCUCUGCAAGCUGGAUACCAUGUAGAACAGAUGAUGUACUUGGGCUCUGGCCUGUGCUGUGUCGGUGCCCUGGCAGGUCUUUCCAACCAGACCACUGCUCGCCUUGGUAACGCUCUGGGAAUGAUAGGAGUCGCAGGAGGGCUGGCUGCCACUCUGGGUGCCCUCAAACCGAGUCCCGAGCUCCUGGCUCAGAUGAGCGCAGCCAUGGCUGUGGGUGGAACGGCUGGUUUGACCAUUGCCAAGAAGAUUGAGAUCAGCGACUUGCCUCAGCUGGUGGCUGCAUUCCACAGCUUGGUCGGGCUGGCUGCGGUGCUCACCUGCGUGGCCGAAUAUAUGAUUGAGUACCCUCACUUUGCCACGGACCCCGCGGCCAACUUGACCAAGAUAGUCGCCUACCUUGGCACUUAUAUCGGCGGAAUCACUUUCAGCGGCUCUUUGGUGGCGUACGGCAAACUGCAAGGCAUGCUGAACAGCGCUCCUCUGAUGCUCCCCGGCCGCCACGCUCUCAAUGCCACGCUCAUGGCUGCUAGCGUCGGUGGGAUGGUUCCCUACAUGUUGGAUCCAAGUUACACCACAGGCAUGACUUGUCUGGGAUCGGUUUCUGCCCUGUCUGCCGUCAUGGGUGUAACUCUGACUGCGGCCAUCGGAGGAGCGGACAUGCCGGUGGUCAUCACUGUACUCAACAGUUACUCAGGCUGGGCUCUGUGUGCUGAGGGCUUCCUGCUGAACAACAACCUGCUCACCAUCGUCGGUGCUCUCAUCGGCUCCUCUGGAGCCAUUCUGUCUUACAUUAUGUGUGUGGCCAUGAAUCGUUCACUUGCUAACGUGAUCCUUGGAGGUUAUGGCACAUCCUCCACCGGGACAGGAAAGCCCAUGGAGAUCACAGGGACACACACCGAGGUUAACGUGGAACAGACUGUCGACAUGAUUAAAGAGGCCCACAACAUAAUCAUCACUCCAGGUUAUGGACUUUGUGCUGCAAAGGCUCAGUAUCCCAUCGCCGAGCUGGUAAAGAUGCUCGCAGAGGCUGGCAAGAAAGUCAGGUUCGGUAUUCACCCUGUCGCCGGCCGUAUGCCCGGUCAGCUCAACGUGCUGCUGGCUGAAGCAGGUGUCCCAUAUGACAUUGUCCUGGAAAUGGAAGAAAUCAAUGAGGACUUCCCUGAAACUGACCUGGUUCUGGUGAUCGGUGCCAACGAUACAGUGAACUCGGCCGCCCAAGAAGACCCCAACUCCAUCAUCGCUGGCAUGCCCGUGCUGGAGGUCUGGAAGGCGAAGCAGGUUAUCGUGAUGAAACGAUCUCUGGGCGUUGGUUACGCAGCGGUGGAUAACCCCAUCUUCUACAAACCUAACACUUCGAUGUUGCUCGGCGACGCCAAGAAGACGUGUGACGCCCUGCAGGCCAAGGUCCGGGAGUCUCAGAACCAGUAACGUGACCCCCUCCCCCCCCCCCCAGUUCAGAGACACCUCCACCUGAGAGCACAAACAGGAAAAGAUUUAAAAAUUCAUCUUUGUACAGCUGUAACUUCACCAACUGAGAUGAGCAGUUUUUGGGAUCCCCUUCAUGUUAUCUAAAAAUGAAGGAAUGUUGUCUUGUGCAGCAGUGGGAUCUAUAUAAUAGAUACUGUAUAUUUAUUUUUAACUGAUGUAACGGGACAUCUUUUAUUUCUAGAUCAUGAGGAAAGGCUGCAUUGUAAUCAGGAGUUCAACUUUAGACACAUUUAUUGAUGAAAAAUAAAUAAAAUCAGGAUCAUAGAUGCAUUAAAGUGUUAGAUAUUUUCAGUUUCACUUGUAAGAUGUCUUAGGACAUAGUUAAUAAGUAAAGAAAAAAAAUUGGACUGAAAAGGUGAGGGAUGCACCAAUAGGUUCUUAUUUGCUGUAGAGUUUUAUUUUUCCUUCCCUCUAUAUUCUUUUUUGUUUUUGUAAUUUGGUCAUCCCCUCCAUUGAUCUACCUAUAAAACAUAAUAGUGAGAACAUGUGAGAAAGUUUUUUACUUGGUCUAAUAAUUUUCAAAAGCAUCUGCUUAAAGUAUUUGCUCAUUUUCUUUUUAUUGGCUCCAACCUAAGAUCAGGACAAAUUUAUUUAAAAAUAUCCCUCCUCUGAUCGUAGGAGACAGGCGUUGAGCUUUUAGCGUGAUCCCACAGCUUUGCUGAAACAUCCUGCUCUUACAAACACUCUCAUCGCUCAGAUUAGCUGAAAGGAUUUUGUUAUGUUUUCCAUCAUGGUGCGUUCAAUCAUGCUGCCAGGUUCAGAUAUUACAGUAGAUGUUUUUUUUGUUGUUUUUUUUUUGUUUAAGUGAAUGUGACUUAUCCACUCCAGAGUGCGUCCUCAUUACUGCUCCACAGGGAAAUGAAGGAUCACAGUUUAUAAGUAGGACCAUUUGUUAAUCUGUUGUAUCUGAAUCUAAACAACAGUGCGCUUUGUGGAAUUGUUGCUACGCCACGAACUGUUUGUCUUCUUCAUUUUAAUUUGACUUUAGACAUCUGCUUAAUCAUGUGCCAAUUCAAUCUGGAUAGUUUCACAGAUGCAGACACAUCAUUUGGCUUCUGUGUAACCACUCAAGUAUUUCGUUAAACAAAGACUAAAUCUCUUUGAUAUUAUUUUAUUGUAGUCAUUUAAUUAGAGUGUAUAUUGUUCAAUUUAUCUACUUCAAACACUUAAGAACAACUGUUGGAUAAUGAUUCAUCCUGGGACCUCAUGCUUUUCCAUGACAAAUAUCCUACCUCUCUAUAAAACGACCAACUCCUCUGUAGGACAACGAUUUGUGUCACUUUCACAUGAUCGGACCCAAGUUAUUUUCCAGUCACUUUGCUCAGCAUGCAAGCUCUAAUACUUCCAAAUAAUCCAGGACCAAUAUGUUUUUUUUCUAUUAUAUUUUCAGACCUCAACAGUUUGUUGCUAUAGUUUAUUCUUUUUGUGCAUCUGAAUUGAGAGGUGGCCCUGUUACGUCAAGAAGUGCAAGCAAGUAGGCUUUCUUAAAAUUAAAACAUGUAGAUUGUUGCCAUUCUUGAACAAAUUAUGUAAGGAAGGAUGGUUAAAUCCGGUAUUUUCUAAGUGUCCCCGCUUUCAACUUAGGCUUUUUGUUCUGCUUGAGGGGUUGUAUUUUUGUAAGAAGGCAUCUUGUUUGUGCAGAGCAACAUUGGGAUUUGGAAGAGAUAUGUUUCAAUGCACCAUCUUAAGAGGAUGAAAUGUACUGUGAAACUGUUUUUUUCCCUCUUUUGUUUGUCAUUGAACAUUUUCUUCCCUAAUAAAGCUGUAUUUACACUAGA